CCAUUGUGCGCGCUGCCCCGUGUCUCUCCAGCGACCAUGCCCAGGAAGAAGGCGGCGGCGGCGGCCUGGGAGGAGCCGAGCUCGGGCAACGGCACGGCCCGCGCGGGGCCCAGGAAGCGCGGCGGCCCGGCGGGCAGGAAGCGCGAGCGGCCCGAGCGCUGCAGCAGCAGCAGCGGCGGCGGCAGCAGCGGCGACGAGGACGGGCUGGAGCUCGACGGGGCCCCCGGCGGGGGCAAGCGCGCGGCGCGGCCGGCGGCGGCCAAGGCGGGCGGCGCGGCCGUGGUCAUCACGGAGCCGGAGCACACCAAGGAGCGCGUCAAACUUGAAGGGUCUAAGUGCAAAGGGCAGCUUUUGAUUUUUGGGGCAACCAACUGGGACUUGAUCGGUCGAAAAGAAGUGCCUAAACAACAAGCUGCUUACCGCAAUCUUGGUCAGAAUUUGUGGGGGCCUCACAGGUAUGGGUGCCUGUCGGGGGUCCGGGUGCGGACAGUGGUUUCGGGUUCGUGUGCUGCCCACAGCCUCCUCAUCACCACAGAAGGGAAGCUGUGGAGCUGGGGUCGAAACGAGAAGGGACAGCUCGGUCACGGCGACACCAAGAGAGUGGAAGCCCCCAAGCCCAUUGAGGGGCUCAGCCACGAGGUGAUUGUGUCUGCCGCCUGUGGGCGGAACCACACUCUGGCCUUGACAGAAACGGGCUCUGUGUUUGCGUUUGGAGAGAACAAGAUGGGGCAGCUGGGCCUCGGCAAUCAGACAGAUGCUGUCCCGAGCCCCGCGCAGAUAAUGUACAACGGCCAGCCAAUUACCAAAAUGGCCUGCGGGGCUGAAUUCAGUAUGAUAAUGGACUGCAAGGGGAACCUCUACUCCUUUGGGUGCCCUGAAUAUGGUCAGCUGGGACACAACUCGGAUGGGAAGUUCAUCGCCCGGGCACAGCGCAUCGAGUACGACUGUGAGCUGGUGCCUCGGCGAGUGGCCAUCUUCAUCGAGAAGACAAAGGAUGGGCAGAUCCUGCCAGUCCCCAACGUGGUCGUGCGUGAUGUGGCCUGUGGUGCUAACCACACGCUGGUCCUGGACUCCCAGAAACGUGUCUUCUCCUGGGGCUUCGGGGGCUAUGGCCGGCUGGGCCACGCCGAACAGAAGGACGAGAUGGUACCCCGCCUGGUGAAGCUGUUCGACUUCCCAGGGCGCGGGGCAUCGCAGAUCUACGCUGGCUACACCUGCUCCUUUGCCGUCAGCGAAGUGGGGGGUCUGUUUUUCUGGGGGGCCACCAACACAUCCCGUGAAUCUACCAUGUACCCGAAGGCUGUCCAGGACCUCUGCGGUUGGAGAAUCCGGAGCCUGGCUUGUGGGAAGAGCAGCAUCAUCGUGGCUGCAGAUGAGAGCACCAUCAGCUGGGGCCCAUCACCCACCUUCGGGGAGCUGGGUUAUGGGGACCACAAGCCCAAGUCUUCCACCGCAGCCCAAGAGGUGAAGACGCUGGACGGCGUGUUCACGGAGCAGGUUGCCAUGGGCUACUCGCACUCCUUGGUGAUAGCGAGAGAUGAGAGUGAGACCGAGAAGGAGAAGAUCAAGAAACUGCCAGAGUAUAACCCCCGAACCCUCUGACUCGCCUGGGUCUCCGCACUCCACCUCUGCGGCAGCUGUCAUUCCAUGCACUGGGACGGGAAAUCGAGCGCGGAAUCUAAAAAGCAAAGGUUGACCGAAGGUGCAUUUUUGUUAGCCUCCCUGAGGUUCCGUUUUAUAAGUGAUCCAACAUCAACUACCUUCUCUGUAUGCUUUCCAAAGUGUUUUUUUUUCUCUUAACUUUUCAUUAAAAUAUUUGCUCACAGUCGACUUACCAUUCCUACAAAAGAGGCAAAACUUUGAGCAAUCUAGGCUUUUUUAAGUUGUUUUUCUUUUUUCCCUGCUCCCACACACACUUCUCAAAGCCCCUCUCUCCAGUUGUAAUUAACGUCGUGAUCCGAGUGGGUGUUACCUGGGAUAGGAGCCACCGCUUUCUCA